AAGAUUCCUCUUUGACUUAAUCUUGUUCAUGUAUAUACAUUUUUAAUAUUAGGACUAGGUUUAUGUUGAUGUUUCUAUUUGCAGUUGUAUUUGCAUUUGGACGGCAAAUUUCGACGCACACUACAUCCAUAGACGCAACAUUCUACAUUUUCAUGUAAUUUUUGGAAACAUUUUCAGGACGUUGCGCCUUUCCAAACUUGAUGUGGUCACACCUUUUUAUGUGAAGGUCAUCAUUAUCUUUCAAAUUACGUACCGCAGAAAAGUUCCAUUUUUGCAUUGUAUCUGUGUUUCCUACGCUUCGUCUUCUCUUCUCGGCAAGUACGGAGUAAACGAUUUUCAGAUUCAAAAAUCAAUAUGAAAGUAAAAGUAAUAAUAGAAAAUGAACCACCCCUUUAUCCUGGUACUGUACUACGAGGGAAGUUUACAUGUUCUGUAGAUUCCUCUACUCAGAUAAGAUCUGUUAAAAUAAGAUGUUAUGGUAAAGAAUACACAGAAUGGAGGGGGUCAGGCAAAAAUGCUCCAACUUACAUUGGAACUCAUUAUUUCUUUCAAAUGGAGACAAAACUGUUUGAGCCUGAAGAUGGAGUUUUAAAUCCAGGAUUUUAUUCUUAUCCAUUUACAUUUCUGUUACCACCAAGUUUGCCCUCAACUUUCGAAUUUCCUUAUGGUUAUGUUCGUUACAGUCUUAAAGGAAUUGUGGAUAUACCAUUAGCUUUUGAUCCAACUGAUAGAGUGGAUCUUGCAGUAAUAUCUAUUCUGGAUAUUUCUACAUUACCUGAAAGUCUUAGGCAACCAUGUCAAACUAGAGACGAAAGUAUGAUGGGUUGUUGCUUGGUGUUCAAUUCCGAACCUGUAACUGUUGAGGCUCAAAUAAACAAAAGGGUGUUUAUAGUAGGCGAAAUUAUAAAAAUCAACAUGGAAGUAAAUAAUACAUCGGGUGAUAAUUUGGAGGGAGUGGAGGUUAAAUUAGUCAGAAGUUUGGCAGCACAUUCAGAGAAACCCAGACAUGAUAUACGAUAUAUAAAUGAAGAUUUGAUUAUUAAAACAUUUUCUGGUGUUGGAGCACAUGGACAACAGACGUACGACGUAAAUCUUCGUAUUCCUUCAGAUCUACCUGUUCCAAAUUUGGUGACUUGUCAACUAUUGGAAUCAAUUUAUCGAGUAGAGGUAGUUGGUAAAACUUCGGGUCUAAACAGAGAUAUUAAUUUCGUUUUAGCAGAAAUAAGUAUAGGACAUGUUGAUGGACCUGGUUGGUCAGGUCCUUCGUCGAGCGGCAUUUCUGAUCCAUCACCAUACCCUCCUGCGUACCCUUCACAAUCUUCAGGAUAUCCUUACCCCCCUGAUGAAAGGAGUAAGACUUCUAUUGGUUUUGCGUCAGCACAGCCUAGUGCACCUCCAUCUUAUAAAGAAUUGAAUGGAGAAUAUUGAAACACAAAAUAGAUUUGUCGUGAUUAGCUUGCUAAAUAAUUCAUGCUUUAGGAAUUCUAGAAAUGGAUAUUUUUUUCACUAUUGUAGAGGUAGGGUUCUAGUGGCAUUCCUUUAAAAUUUUCUAUCUCCUUUCCUGUUGAAUUUGGUUUGGAAUGAUCUAUUUGCACUUGGAAAUUUGUUUCCGUUUGUAUAUUCUUGACUUUUCAUACUGAAAAAUGUUUUUUUUUUAGAAAAAGUAUGCAUUUGAAAGGUUUGGCAAUUUGUUCAUUAUUAUCUAACAAGCCAUGCUUGUGAUUUUUCGAAUAAUACUUGCAUUUUCAGGUUAUUUAAAUGCGCAAUGAUGAUCUUGAAAUUCUAGAGUUUAUUUAUAAUCAAAAAUUGAUUGUAUUCAUAGUUUGGACCGUGAGCAUGUUUAUUAUGGAGAGUAUAGAGAAGAAGAAUGAUCGCCGUACUAAAAAUGUGUUUCAAAAAAUGUAGAAAAUAGUAUUUAGUUGUGUGAGAAUCAAUGAAAAGUGAAAAAUUAAGUGUCGAUUCGAAAUGAACUGCAGUCAUAUCAUUUUAGGUUAUGUUUCGCCGUAGUUUUUUUCUGAUGAUUUUUCAAAUACGUUUCUUCAAAUCUAUAAAUUUUCUGAUUUGUAUGCAAUAAAAUACCAUAAUUCACAUUAUAAAAGGUAGUAAGUUAUCUUUAUUAUUCAUUCAUAAUAAUGAAGGAAUUAAUGAAAUUCAAAAGAAACCACUGAUCAAAAAAAUUGAACCCACAUAGGUUUAUAACUGUUUAUCGAAAACCGGAUAUAGAUAUAAUAGGUAAUAAUAAUUGGUUUGAUGUAACCUUCAAAAUUAUAUACAUUAGAGGAGAAGAAUGUAUCAAGACAGCAAUCUCAGAUUCAUCACUUGUUUGAGUAGAUUCUGUUUCCAAUACCAUGCUGAGAACCGUUUAAUGGACAAUAUAUUAUGUUACACCAACAAAACUCCUAAAUGUCUAUUUCUGAACAAUGUUAGAAUAUGGUUAGAUAUUUUUAUUUAAUAGAGUCCAGUUUUCACCAGGGAUGACAAUUUCGAUUUUGUUAAUAAUGAAUCCAUCACCUUUUUUGAUAUCUGCAUCGCAAAGGAGUCGAUUCUUCUGGUCAGGUUUUUUCCAAUUUUACCUCAAAAAUAUGCUCUGUAAUUUUAUAUUUUCUCUUUUUCUUUUCGAUGCCGAAUCACUCAGGCUAUGUCCUAACUGGCAAACGAUCGCGAGAGCAGGCAAUGGCGUUCAACUAGAUUAAAUCAAAAUCUCGGUCUUCUAUGAUCGCCAGUACAUCUAUUGGCUAAAACAUGAAUUACCUGUUGAAUUUAAAUAUUUAAGGGGACAAAUAAUCUGUGGUCUGCAAGCAGGGAUCGUUCUCGUUCUCUCUACUCUCCAUAAUGUUUAUUUUGUUUGCUUGUUGCAUCUAUUUUGAAUUUUCCAUUGCUUUGUUGGAAAUUCAAGUAGCUUUUUGUUCAAAUGUAAACAGAGGCCUCACAUUUUUAAUAGCUAUGAUUUUCACAGGUGGAUUAUAAUUAACCAAAUAUAUAUUCUAUGUUUCAAUAAUUAUGUUAUCGAACUCAAUAUCGACAGGAAAAUAUAUUUAAUACUUCGCAUGUUCGGUUGUCGACUUCGAAUAUGUAACAUAUUACAAGACUUUAUCAUAUUUCACUUAAAAAGAACCUUAAGGUCCGUCUUCAAGUCAGCACGCUCAAGUCAUUUUCACAAACUGACCCUUUCAGCAAGCUGAAUUGAACUUUUGAAGUGAACGCAGAAGCGAAGUUUGCGCAAGCCUGGCUUGAGGUUAAUAUGUCAUUAAUGAUGAUCAUUAUUCCAUAUGAAUGACAAUAAUGUUGAUAAAAUUAUUAUGACAGGCUGUAUUUAUGCAAACAGAUUUUCUACCUUAUCCAGAAUAAUGUGAAUUUCGCAAGUAAUGUCCUUACAAAUGACCAUAUAAGAGCCUCCUAAAGCUAGCUUUUCUUAAUAGGUAAAACUAGAUUUCUCUAGACUUGCUGAAUUUUUUCCUAUGCGGAUAGAUAGGACACAAAUGAUGAAAAAUUGAAUUUCUAAAAAGUGCUUUUACGCUUCGCAAUGGAGUCUAAUGCCAUUUCAAUUAUACUGCCUCAAUUGCACAAUAUAUCCGUUAAUUAUCUUCACUUGCGCUCAAUUUCCCUGUUUAUUUGAUGGAAACAAUUAUGAAAUAAAAACUGAUAUUAAAAAUUUGGCUGCUACCAUGAAUAAAAUUGAAGCAUAAAUGUACCAAAAAUAAAACAGUGGAAGUUUCUAAAACAUAUAAGGUGCAAAUUGAGAUGUGCCAGUUUUUUUUCCCUCUUCAAUUGAAAGUAUGGUUUCAUAACAGCAUUAGAGCUGCUCCAUCCGUUUUAUAUUUAUUCUUUCAAUAUCCACCAUCGAACAACAAUUUGAUGCAUGUCCCAAAAUAAAUCAAUCGUGAUUCGUGCACAUGUAAACGUUCAAGUCGGUAACAACCUGAAGAGAUUCCAACAACUGAAUAGACGUAUAAGUCUGACAUAACACCAUGGGAAUAUUAUAAAGUGAAGGGUUCUCAGAUGUAUCAUUUUAGUUCGACCAGGUUGUUGUAGAAGAGAGAAGGGUAAUCAUGCACUAUAAAGUUAAGGUGACCAAAUGGAAGACCACCAGUUGAUGUCUACAAAAUGCCAAACAUUUUCUGAUUUCUGUGAUUCUUGUUUCGAAUUUAACAAAGUCCAUUUAUUCAUAACUAAGUAAGUUAUACUCUAGCUCAUAGUGGGUAAUAUUUUUUUAAGCAUUGUUGAACUCUUUACUUAAAUAUCGUUAUUAGUUUUGUCAUCAGGAAAUUUAUAUUUUGAAAAUAUUUACCUGGUUCUCCAAUAGAUUAUAUGCAUAUUCAACAUGCACUAAGUAUUUCUGUCAACAAUUUUUUAUACCAGAAAUUAGCAAUAAUGCUACCUAUAUUCUUCUUCAAUACUUUCUUCAUGAGUAAAUAAAGUCUUAAUGGUAAUGUGCCUUCCUCAGGUAUAAGGUUGAAGUACAAAUGAGUUAUUUUUACAGCUGUAUUUUUUAUUGCAACAUUUGAAAUUUUCAACGAUAUUGUGAUAUAAUCAGCCAAUUUAAUGCUAUUAAAUGUGAAAUGCCUUAUAUAAACAAUAUUAUGAAUCUUAUGUGAACAUAAUUAUAAUCUUCCAUAAAUGAAAAA